AUGAUAUUCGUUCAAGAAAAGGGAUCAGUGUAUUAAUUUUUGAAGAACCUAAGACUCUCAAAGAUAAGACUACAAACAAAGAUAAGAAUACAAAAGAUACAAAUAUUCAAGCUAUAAAAUCCGACGAUAAUGAGAAAGAUAAAAAUAUUAAAAAGAAAAAGGAAGAUGAGGAUAAUAAGCUUUUUUUAUUACGAUAUCCGCACCAAUCUGAUUUUCGCCAAGGCUUAAUAAAAGACUCUAUGCGAACUCAAAGACGUAAAAUAGUUAUUGAGGGACUUUUUAAAGCAAAUGCGCAUUCCCCCUCUUUUUUUUGACAGGAUGAGGAAAAAAAACCUUUUUUUCUCUACCAUACCUGGCUCAACUGAAACGGCUUUUUAGAAAAUGGUCAUCCAUAAAAGAGUUUGGGAUUUUAGAAUCUACAGAGGAAAAAAAAAUAAUAAUAAAAAGAGAAACCAAAAAGGAAAAAAAACGACGAGAGGAAAUAGAACGGUUAGAGAUAGGGGAAGCCUGGGAGACUUUUCCAUAUACCCAAAUAAUAAGAGGUUUUUUAUUAAUAACCCAAUCAAUUCUCAGAAAAAAGAUUCUAUUACCUUCAUUCAUAAUCGGUAAAAAUAUCGGG